AUUAAGAAUAGAACAGAACAUGCAGCUGGUUAGAUUAUAAACGGCAUAAUGACGUCAUGGACAGUGAGAAUUUUUUCCUGCUAUACUGCCUUACUGCCUUGCCUUAUCCAUUCCGCAUUCGUAAUUUACCAAGCGGCAAGCACGUCGUUUAUCUUCGUGUUAUUCAUCUUUGAUAAUACAUAAUAAUCUUUUAUCAUCACAAUUAUUCAUAACAUUCGGCCGUGAAUGAUGAGUCACUGUAGUACGUAAUUUAUAAACAUAAUGAGUAUUCUAUAAUAUGGUGACUAGUUUUUUAGUUACCAAAGUUGAUCUCUAGGCUCGAUCAUUCGCCAUUUGUGUGUAUGUGGUAUAUAAGUCGAAUGAUUCAUUUCUGAACAUUCACUGUUGCAAUCCUCUCGCUACCAAAAGUAAAUCAUUCUCAAUAUUCUAAUAUUCGUAGAUACUUGAUUGCGUUCUCUGUUCACGUCGUUUCGUUCAUUUCCGUCAAUCGCGUUAUGGCUCAACCUCCAAUCCUCAAUCCGACUCUUCCAUUUGUUGGACCGAUACAAAAUGGUUUGAAACAAGGCACGCUACUCAGCUUCCAUGGCACGUCGUUCCCGUCUUCAAACAGAGUCUGUAUAAAUCUACAAAUCGGUCCGAAUGUUGCUCCUCGAGACUCUGUUGCCCUGUUUGUUGCUUUAGACUUCAACCGUAACUUGAUUGUCAGGAAUACUAUUCAAGCACAAAAUUGGGGCGUUGAGGAAUCUCAUGGUCCACCUGUGGCCCUCAUUCGAGGCCAGCCAUUUAAAUUGGACAUACUGUGCGAUGUUUAUGAAUAUAAAAUUGCAUUUAACGGAUCUCAUUAUACAGAAAUGAAACACAGAAUACCAUUUCAAAGUGUGUUUUAUUUAGCUAUUGAUGGAGAAGCGCAAUUUCAUAGUAUACAAAUAAAUUCCAGUGGAAGUACACAGUUUGGUGGUCCUACAAUGCCGAUGCCUGGUAACCCACCUGGCUACAUGCCUAUGCCCGGACAGAUGCCUAUGCCUGGAAACUAUGUACCUGGACAUAUGCCAUCAGCCGGUCAUAUGCAUGUGCCUGGAGCUCCACCUGGAACUGUUCCGCCUUAUGCUUCAGGGUAUAGUGCCUAUCCUGGUCAAACUCAUAAUUCACCUUAUUUAGAGAAACACACCAGUUCACCAAUUAAACAUGCCAUCAAUCAAGGACUAACUAAUUAUGCUGUGACUGGACAUAUUAACCCUCGUAAAGCAGCCAAAGCUCAAAGAAAACAAGCUAAAAAAGCUAUGAAAUAUGGUAUUCCUGUAGCUGGAGUUGCUGGAGUUGGUGUUGGUGCUUAUGCUUUACACAAAGCACAUAAGCAUAAAGGGUACAAACACAAAAAGGGAUCAAAGUCAUCGAGUAGUAGUAGUAGCAGUAGUAGCAGCAGUAGCAGUGAUUGAAUGAAUGUUAAUUGCAUUUUUUUAAGUUACUGGUUAACAAUGUUAUUGCUUUAAUAAUAUAAAGUUUUAAUUGAAUAUUGUC